AUGUCCCCUUUGCUGCUGUGGGGACGACAGAAGCUGAGGUGGCAGCAGCCCGUUCUGAUACUGCUGUUGCAAUAUAUUGUUUACGAGGAUAGAAUGGUCCCCGUGAAGAAGGCCAGCAUGGCUACUCCACUGGCUUUCCCACGAGACAAGCCGGACAAAUGGAGAGCAGAACUAUUAAAGGAAGAGUUGUUUGGUGUGGAUAGAGAAGACUGGGACCCACCGGAAAAUGAAGCUUGCUGUUGUGAACCCGGUGGAGGAAAGGAAGUAAAAGAUGAUUUUGGGACUAAAAUGGGUUCGCUCGAACAGUGUUGCAGAGGUUGUGGCGGAGGCUGU